AUGAUAAUGUCGAUUCAUGAUCCAUUAUCGAGGAAGCGAACCUUCGGCGACCUUGAUCCUGGAGAUGCACCUAUCACAAAGAAGGUGAAAAAUGAGGAUCCGGAUGCUUCAGAAGAGGACAAAAGCGGUGCAUUCUCUGAGAUGAUGUUCCAUACAUACGUGGAGUCUGCAUUGGAGUCAUUAGACAGAAAUGAUCACAUACAAAUUGAUGCUUUAGCAUCACGAAUUAAUUUACCGAUAUCUCACAGCGGGUCUAUAUCGAUUGCUAAUUUUAAUAUAUUGUUGAAAAGUUUGAUCGGCAAUGUGUUCAAAUUAGACAAAAAGCCAUGUAAUAAGUUAGUGACAUCAAUACUAGAAUACAACUGGCUCGAUGUGCAUUGCCCGAGCACAACAAUAUUGAAUGAUUUUAUAGAGCUAUAUUCUCGCUUCUUAUCUGUACUUGUUUCAUCUUUACCGAAAUAUUUACAUGAAGUUACGUCGAAACUAGUAAUGGAGUUUACUGUGUUAGAUUUGAGCAACCACAGCAUUUUGGCCAAAAAUCAUGAUAUACUAACCAAAAUUAUAAAGUUCAUCCCAACUUCGAUCAAUUCUUUCCCAAGCAUUCUUCAGAGAAAUUUCCCUCAUCAUUUGUCCUCAAGUAAUCAAGAACUCACAAACUACGUUAACAAUUUAAUGAAAAUAAUUUCUUAUUGCCCGGAUCUACAAUUUAGUAUCUGGCAACUUAUUAUUGAAUGUUGUAUUAAAUUGGAUGUCGAGCUUCAAAAUGAAUUAGAUGAUUUGGACGAUGAAGAAAUAGAAGAGCUAAUAAAUGCCGGUGAGGAGAAUGAAGGUAAUGAUCUAGAUAUUAAUAUUAUUGAAGAGAACAAACUCGAAGAUAAAAAACUCUCUGAAGAUGAAGAUGAGAACGGCGUGAGAGAGGGUGAGGUCGAAUAUUUGAUUGAUCCCAUUACCAGCACUUCUACUAUUAAAGCAUUGGUUUCUAAAUUAGAUUCCAUAAUUAGUUUGUUAUUAACAAGUACCUCAGACUCAUUCACCAUCAAAGAGUUAGAUAGUGGAAAUGGAGUGACAUUGUUCAAUACAAUUACCUCCUUAUUUCGAUCACAUAUACUUCCUACGCAUUUCACAAAACUGAUUCAGUUUGUUCUUUUUCAUAUUUCACAAUGCCAGCCUGAGCUAGCAGAUUCUUUUUUGGUCCUACUUAUAGACGUUGCGUUCAAUGCCAAUGAGAUUCUAGAGAAAAGGUUAAAAGCGAUGCAAUAUUUGUCAUCAUAUAUUGCAAGGGCUAAAAGUUUGUCAAGGCAUCAGGUUGUUUUUCUAAUAAGCUAUCUUAUAGGAUGGCUUAAUAAAUAUGUGAUGGAAAGAGAAUGUGAAAUCGCAGAUAUUGAAAGUGAUGGCUCAAUUCAAGAUGGGGAAGAAAAAGGAGGAAUGGAAAGAUUCAAGUUAUUUUAUGCUGCAUUCCAAGCUUUGUUAUACAUAUUUUGCUUUAGAUACAAAAUGUUAUAUAAGGUAAACACUGACGAGCAGUGUUCAACAUCUUCUAGUUCAGAAUCUGAAUGGGAAUGUGAAUUAGACAAGUUCUUUCAAAGAAUGAUUAUUACCAAAUUUAAUCCUCUCAAAUUUUGUGACGAAACUGUCGUGUUUAUCUUUGCAAAGAUUUCCACAAAAUUAAACGUUUGUUACUGCUAUUCCAUUAUAGAACACAAUAAGAGGGAAAGAAUAUUGCAAUCGAAUAUGCCUAGUAACUUACCGUCUGUUGCUGGUAAUUUUAAGCAGAAACAAGAGUUUUUGGAUCUAGAAGCCUACUUCCCAUUCGAUCCUUUGGUUUUACCCUCGAGCAAGGAAUUAAUCUCCCUCAAUUACGUUGAAUGGUCAGAAGUUAACCCUAAUGAUGGCGAAGAUGAUGAUGACGAUAGUGCUUCGAUAACUUUCCCUGAGGAAAAUGACGAGGAUGAAGAUGAGGAUGCUUCGAGCUAUGACGAAGAGAUCACCAGCGACGAAGACUACGAUUAA